AUGUCAGAAGCUGCAAUCGCUGAGAAAGAUCUCGGAAACGCUGCCUACAAACAGAAAGACUUCGAAACUGCUCAUGUGCACUAUGACAAAGCUAUCGAGCUCGAUGCAUCGAAUAUCACUUUCUACAACAAUAAAGCAGCCGUUUACUUCGAGGAGAAGAAAUACGAUGAGUGCAUCACAUUCUGCGAGAAAGCCAUCGAAGUCGGACGUGAAACUCGUGCAGAUUACAAAUUAAUUGCCAAAGCCAUGUCUCGCGCCGGAAACGCGUUCCAAAAGAAAGAGGACCUCCACACUGCUCUUAAAUGGUUCCAACGAUCGCUCUCCGAGUAUCGUGACCCUGAGCUCGUGAAGAAGACCAAGGAGCUUGAGAAGAAUCUCAAGGAAGCCGAACGUCUCGCCUAUAUCAAUCCGGAAAUCGCUCAAGAGGAGAAGAACAAGGGAAACGACUAUUUCAAGAAAGGAGAUUACCCAACAGCAAUGAAACACUACAACGAGGCUGUGAAGCGUGAUCCAGAAAAUGCGAUUCUCUACUCGAACCGCGCCGCCUGUCUCACCAAAUUGAUGGAGUUCCAGCGCGCUUUGAAAGAUUGUGAUACUUGUAUUAGAAGAGACCCGAAAUUCGUCAAGGGAUACAUCCGCAAAGCCACUUGCCUUGUCGCAAUGAAAGAAUGGUCGAAGGCUCAACGUGCCUACGAAGACGCUCUUCAAGUGGAUCCACACAACGAGGAGGCCCGCGAAGGAGUCCGUACGUGCCUACGAAGCAACGACGAGGAUCCGGAGAAGGCGAAGGAGCACUCUCUCGCCGAUCCAGAGGUUCAGGAGAUUCUUCGCGAUCCAGGAAUGCGUAUGAUUUUGGAGCAGAUGAGCAACGACCCGGGAGCCGUUCGAGAGCACUUGAAGAAUCCGGAAAUCUUCUCGAAACUGAUGAAACUUCGUGACGCCGGUGUUAUUCAGAUGCGCUAA